AUGGUGCUCAUGUUCAUUCGGGAACUCGUCGAGCAUUCCUCUCAUCAACCACGGCAGAGUUAUGCAUGCCCCAUGACGAGGUGCCACAGGCCCUUCCCCGGGCCGCUCCAACUCAUUCAACACCUCCUAUCCUGCUCGGAGAUUUCGACCGGCGAGUUCACCUGCGACAAGUGUAACCAUUGGCACACAUUUCCCACCAGCGAUAAGGAAUGGGAACAAUGGGCGGCCGUGAAGUCACAGCAAGCUUCUGGGAAUGAGCAAGGGCAGGUGCGGAGAAAGCGGAGUCUUGGUUCGAAAAUCAAGGGUUUUGCUACUCUGACCAAAAGAGAUCCGCGCAAACAAAAUCCCGCCCCGGAUAUCCAUUUCAAGAACGAGUACUCGAUGGACAGUCGGCCGAGUACCGCGGCGUCCUCAACCCCAAGCACCACAUUUACAAGCCGAUGUUCUGAGCAUCAUCUGCAUUACCAAACCCAUGGCCACGGAAAUCCCACGGCCUUUUCCACUCACCAUAAGCCACCGUUGCUACCUGCGGGUGUACCAGCAAUCGAUGGCAAUGGUUUGUUUUGGCCAGGGUUUAGUGCUGACCAACUUGGGAACAUGCCUUCUAGUGUUCCAUCUGUCACACCUUCAUCUACACUGGACACCGGUUCUUCGAAGGCGAUCUCCCAAAACACUUCUCAGACCACGCUGUUCACACCUAGCUUGAACGGAUUCCCACCUCCUGUGGCGUCGGUCCAGGUCCCAACAACUAUGGAACAGCAACAGCAGUAUAUGUUUGGCACACACGCAUCGUUUAAUGGAAUACCAUCUCCAGUAUCCGCCCAGCCACCACCCUCCGCAAUGGUGUUGGAUGAACCCAUAAACAUGAACGGGGCAGACCUAACACCAACCGAACUUCGCUCGCCGGUAUCAAAUGAAAGCCUGAACCACGGCUGGUGGGGAAACAAGCUUGGAAUCGAAACAGCCCGAGCAGUGCCUACUACCACAGGAUCGGGUACCUGCUUCCAGAUGCAGUCUCCGAUUGGUGUCAUUGAUGGGAUGAUGACUAGAGACGUCACAAGCGGUCUUACAACGCCCACCUCGCCAUGUCGACACGCAUCACCGUUCUUCCCGAUCCCGCAAUCCUCCGCCCAUCCGAUGUCACGAGCUCUCAGCCACGAAUCGAUGCAAGCAGGCAUGACGCCGGUUUACAACUCACCAGGGACAAACGCCAGCCAUGUAGAUUCCCUGUCACCGCAGACAGACCACGAUCCUCACUCUCUGUCGCUCCGAACACCCUUUGAGCCGGCACCGGAGGAUCUAGUCUGUGAUGAGUGUCAAUGGAAGCCCCGAGGCGUGAGGGAGAACCUGAAGGGGUAUUUACGGAAGCAUAAAAACACACACAAAGGGUUGAGGUUGUCGUGUGAUGUGGUGGGUUGCACGAAGACGUUUAGUCGAUUGGAUAAUCUCAAGAAACAUAAGAAGGAUAAGCAUGGGAUCGAAGACUUGGCUACGGGGGCGACUUGUGCGCAACCACCUCCAAAGCAGAUGGUGGAGGAGUUUCAUGGGCAACAUCAGCAUGUGGAGGAUGAGGCGGAGCAUAAGCGGCCGGGAACGGUGGACUCGGAGGUACGGGAUAUGUCGGGAGAUUAUUCGAUGCUUUGGCCGGCAUUGCACUUUUGA